AUGAUACUCCGUUGCCACUUUAUAGCUAGUUCACAAAUCCAUACUUGCCCUGAUAAUUGGCUUAUGCACCAAGAUAAUCUUAGAAACGAUUGCUUUAAGCUAUUUAAUGGCAGCCAUCUAGAAUGGAAUGAAGCCAACAAUUCUUGUAUUAGUGAGAAUGGAACAUUAUUACUGCUCUUGGACUCAAGCAUGGCCCAAAUAGUACAACGGCUAUAUAAAAAUUAUGGUUCCUUAGCUUGGAUCGGUAUGCAAGCCACACAAGGCGACUCUGGAAAGUACUACGAAUAUAAAUGGAUCAACGGACAAAAAUUUGACCUAGCUAGUCCAGGAUGGAGUCGAUUACCUGAAUUAGCAAAAGGGGCUCAAAAAUGCGUCUCGCUUUUCCUCUCUCAUUGGCAAUUACUGACUGAGAGUUGCGAUAGUAAGCUGAAUUAUCUAUGCCACAGAGCCUCCAUUACGACAUUGCCUUAUGCAACGUCAACGCAAGGACCUAAUACUGCAGCAAUAACAACGGAUUCUACUGAAGUCAACGGAGCAGCUGGACUAUCUUUAUAUACUUUAUUAUCGAUAGGUCUAGCAUUAUUUACAAUGGGUCUUCUGGGAAUACAUUGA